UGGCACAAAUACUCUCAACACAUCCCUCCUCUCUCUCCCUCUUUGGUUGGGUCUUUUUGUUGAGAGCUGGAAUGGGCUUGUUGGACUGCUGCGAAAAGUUAUGCCUGUUACUUUUACCCAAGUCAAGUUUCCCCAAAAAAAUUUCAAGCUAUGUUCACUCCUCCAAAGCUUUCUCCGACUCUUCUCUUUAUAUUUUCUCUACCCCUCUCCUCCUCCAUCUCAUCUCUCUCCUCUCUCUCAAAAUCCUAAGAAUCUGAAAAUCCACAGUGAAAGUCAAUCAAUCCCCUAAAACCCAACUGAGUUCGACUGUGUGAUUUUGAUUUCCAGCACCCCAUUUUUCUUCAUUCUCUGCCACCAUUUUUCUUCUUUGCUAUUCUUCUUUCAGUUUCCUUUUAGCUGACAAUGGCGGGAGCUUGCCAUGCAAUCGGGAUUGACCUGGGGACAACCUACUCUUGCGUGGCUGCGUGGCAGCAUGAUCAUGUAGAAGUUAUAGUGAAUGAUCAGGGCAACAGGACCACUCCUUCUUAUGCUGCUUUCACGGAUACCGAGCGCUUGAUUGGUGAUGCUGCUUUCAAUCAGGUCAUAAAAAACCCCACCAACACCAUCUUCGAAGCAAAAAGGUUAAUUGGUAGGAGGUUCAGUGAUGAAUGCGUUCAAAAUGAUAUGAAGCAUUGGCCAUUCAAGGUCGUUGAAGGUCCUGCUGAGAAGCCAGUGUUUGUGGUUACGCACAAGGGCGUGGAGAAACAAUUUGCUGCUGAAGAAAUCUCAUCUAUGGUUCUUGUAAAGAUGCGGGAGAUUGCUGAGGCCUACCUCGGUUCAAGGGUGAAAAAUGCAGUUAUCACCGUCCCUGCCUACUUUAACGACUCUCAGCGACAGGCUACGAAAAAUGCAGGUGCUAGUGCUGGGCUAAAUGUGAUGCGUAUCAUCAAUGAGCCGACUGCUGCAGCCAUUGCUUAUGGGCUUGACAAGAAGUCCGGUUGGUAUAGCAAGAGAAAUGUGAUGAUAUUUGAUUUUGGUGGUGGUACUUUGGAUGUUUCACUACUUACCAUAGCUGAUAGUGUCUUUGAAGUGAGGGCCACUUCUGGAGACACUCAUCUAGGAGGUGGUGACUUUGAUAACAGAAUGGUGAAUUAUUGUGUUGAGCAAUUCAAGAGGAAGCAUAAUGUAGACAUUAGUGGAAACCCAAGGGCUCUUGCGAGGUUAAGAAAUGCCAGUGAGAAGGCGAAGAGGAGGCUUUCAUUUAUGUCUGAGACUGACAUUGACAUUGAUUGUUUGAAUCAGGGUAUUGAUUUCUGCUUGACUAUUACACGUGCCAAAUUCGAGCAACUCAACAUAGAUUUCUUCGAAAAAUGCAUGCAGCCUGUUGAAAAGUGUUUGAAGGAUGCAAAUAUGGACAUAAGCAGCAUCCAUGAUGUUGUCCUUGCCGGAGGCUCUUCUAGGAUCCCCAAGGUGCAACAGCUUUUGCAGGAGAUGUUCAAGGGGAAGGAUCUGUGCAAGGGAAUUAAUCCUGACGAGGCUAUCGCAUACGGUGCCGCUGUUGAAGCUGCAGUCUUGAGUGGUGGGAAUCUAACUGGGAAGCUUCAAGACUUCACACUCUUGGAUGUCACCCCUCUGUCACUUGGGGUGAGGAUAAGGAAUGAACAUAUCAUGUCAGUUGUAAUUCCAAGAAACACCAGAAUUCCUUUCAAAAAGAAGGAGUGGUAUACUACUUCCUUGGACAACCAAGACCGUGUCUGCGUUGCCUUUUAUGAGGGUGAGAGUACAAGAACUACGAACAAUAACUUUUUAGGCUCAUUUUUCCUCAAUGACAUUCCUCCAGCUCCAAAGGGGGUCCCAGAAUUUGAUGUUUGCUUUGAUAUUGAUGCGAAUGGUAUCCUGAGUGUCUCUGCUGAGGACAAGUCCACGGGCCAAAAGAAGGGGAUUACAUUCAACAGUGACAGAAGAACUUCUCAAGGAAUUGAGUCACUGAUUUAAGAAAGUCUAUAGACUGACGUAAGAAACUUUAGUUUCUGGCAUGCAAUAGACUGAAAUAGCUUGUAUUAAUCAAAUUUCGUCCCUUGCAGGUUUGACGUAAUUUUAACGUUUUAUUUUAAGUCCUGAUGGCCUCAUAAUGUCUCUGAGGAAGUACAGAUUAGAAAGUCCUUUCUCUUGCAUGGUUUAUACUCGGUGUGUUAUUACUGUAAACUAGUCCAUUUUGGUGUGGUGGUUGUGUCAA